CUCUCUCUCUCUCUCUCUCUCUGAACCAGUCCCCGACUUCUCUCUCUCCACCGGUUUCACCUCCUUAAGGUAAGCUCUCCCCGUCACGUACCUCACCCCUCCGCACUUGUCGCUCAAUCCACGCUCUAUUAGUGAACCCACACACACUCUCUGCUCCUUUAUUACUUCACCCAUUCUCCCUAUUUCUUCCUUGGUAAUCGAUCUUCUUCCACACCCAUAGGGUUUUAAGCCUGUACAAACUGGAUUUACUGCUUUACAUGCCCUCUUUUGCUUGAAUCACUUCAACCCAGAAUUGUUUUUCCACUCGUAGAUCUACUACUUGUCAAUUUCGAUUGGUUCGGUACUGUUUUAAUUAAUUCAAUACCCGCGCUUUGCUUUCUGAUUCAUGCUAGUCUCGCAUCUGCAUUGUUUUGUGGGCACGUGUGGUAGAUCAAGUGUAUUAGGAUGUUGAAACAUUUAGAUCUGGUUUUGGAUCUUGUAUCUUUAAUAGAUCUAAUGCGAAGUAGCUUUUUUUCCCCUGACAGUCAGGUGUGUCCAGGCCAGCUUACGUGCUGGCCUCAAUUAAUCACUCCCCUCCCCGGUUCGGUCAGAGGCAAGGCCAUCCACAUCCGGGGGACUUGGGAAUUCACAAGAAUACUAUUUUCUUGCGGCCUGAACCUUUGGGGCUAGUUCUUUAAUAGUAGUAUCUUUUAUAGACCUACUGUUUGACGUGAAAGGAAAGGAAAGGAAAAUGGAGUAAUUUAAUACGGGUGCAAGAUAUCUGUCGGCGUUAGGAAAAUGGCCUCCCAUAUUGUUGGAUACCCUCGCAUGGGCCCGAAGAGAGAACUUAAGUUUGCAUUGGAAUCUUUCUGGGAUGGGAAGAGCAGUGCUGAGGAUUUGAAAAAGGUGGCCACCGAUUUGAGGUCAUCCAUCUGGAAGCAGAUGAAAGAUGCUGGCAUCAAGUAUAUUCCCAGCAAUACAUUCUCCUACUAUGAUCAAGUUCUUGACACAACCGCAAUGAUCGGUGCGGUCCCCCCUAGGUACGGAUGGAAUGGCGGUGAGAUCGAGUUUGGCACUUACUUCUCAAUGGCUAGAGGAAACGCCACCGUACCGGCUAUGGAGAUGACCAAGUGGUUUGACACCAACUACCAUUUCAUUGUUCCUGAGUUGGGACCUGAUGUUAAGUUCUCUUAUGCUUCUCACAAGGCGGUUGAAGAGUACAAGGAAGCCAAGGCGCUUGGAGUAGACACCGUUCCCGUCCUUGUCGGUCCUGUUUCCUACCUAUUGCUCUCAAAACCUGCCAAGGGUGUUGAGAAAUCAUUCUCUCUUCUCUCCCUACUGGACAAAAUCCUUCCAAUCUACAAGGAAGUCAUUGCCGAGUUAAAGGCAGCUGGUGCAUCGUGGAUACAGUUUGAUGAGCCCACUCUUGUAAAGGAUCUUGAAUCUCACCAGUUGCAAGCAUUCACUAGUGCCUACUCUGCGCUAGAAUCAUCUCUAUCAGGCCUGAAUGUUAUCAUUGAGACUUACUUUGCUGACGUUCCGGCUGCGGCAUUUAAAACCCUCACUGGCCUGAAGUGCGUGACUGGCUUUGGUUUUGAUCUGGUUCGUGGAACAAAGACUCUUGAUUUGAUCAAGGGCGAAUUCCCAUCUGGCAAAUACCUAUUUGCUGGCGUGGUUGACGGAAGAAACAUCUGGGCCAAUGACCUUGCUUCAUCUCUCAGCGUCCUACAGUCCCUUGAGGGCAUCGUGGGUAAAGACAAGCUUGUGGUUUCCACCUCCUGCUCGCUUCUCCACACUGCUGUUGACCUAGUUAAUGAGCCUAAGCUGGACAAAGAACUGAAAUCGUGGCUGGCAUUUGCUGCUCAAAAAGUCGUUGAAGUGAAUGCGUUGGCAAAGGCAUUGGCCGGUCACAAGGAGGAGGCAUUCUUCUCUGCUAAUGCUGCAGCUCAGGCGUCAAGGAAGUCCUCCCCCAGGGUUACCAAUGAGGCUGUUCAAAAAGCUGCUGCUGCUUUGAAAGGUUCUGACCACCGUCGUGCAACAAAUGUCAGUGCCAGACUAGAUGUUCAACAGAAGAAGCUUAACCUUCCAAUUCUGCCAACCACCACCAUUGGCUCUUUCCCCCAAACAAUGGAACUCAGAAGAGUUCGCCGUGAAUACAAGGCGAAAAAGGUCUCCGAGGAGGAAUACGUUAAGGCUAUUAAGGAGGAAAUCAACAAAGUUGUCAAGCUCCAGGAAGAGCUUGAUAUUGAUGUCUUGGUUCAUGGAGAGCCCGAGAGGAACGAUAUGGUUGAGUACUUUGGAGAGCAGUUGUCUGGAUUUGCCUUCUCUGCCAAUGGGUGGGUGCAAUCCUACGGAUCUCGUUGUGUGAAGCCACCAAUCAUUUACGGUGAUGUGAGCCGCCCCAAGCCCAUGACGGUUUUCUGGUCCUCUAUGGCUCAGUCCAUGACUGCUCGCCCAAUGAAGGGAAUGCUUACAGGCCCCGUGACCAUCCUCAAUUGGUCGUUUGUCAGAAAUGACCAGCCCAGAUUUGAGACUUGCUAUCAGAUUGCGUUGGCUAUCAAGGAGGAAGUAGAGGAUCUUGAGAAGGCUGGAAUCAAUGUUAUCCAGAUUGAUGAAGCUGCUCUAAGGGAGGGUUUGCCACUUAGGAAGUCUGAGGAAGCCUUUUACUUGGAAUGGGCCGUCCACUCCUUCAGGAUCACUAACUGUGGCGUCCAAGACACUUGCCAGAUCCACACCCACAUGUGCUAUUCCAAUUUCAACGAUAUUAUCCACUCCAUCAUUGACAUGGAUGCCGAUGUCAUCACCAUUGAGAACUCCCGCUCUGAUGAGAAACUCCUAUCUGUGUUCCGUGAGGGAGUGAAGUAUGGUGCUGGAAUCGGCCCUGGCGUGUACGACAUCCACUCUCCUAGAAUACCAUCAACCGAUGAAAUUGCUGACAGGAUCAACAAGAUGCUUCAAGUUCUCGAGACCAACAUCUUGUGGGUGAAUCCCGACUGUGGGCUAAAGACUCGCAAGUACACUGAAGUGAACCCGGCUCUCAAAAACAUGGUGGCUGCGGCCAAGCUUAUCCGCACCCAGCUUGCUAGCGCUAAGUGAGUGGUGCUCCCUCAUAAUUCAAUCUUAAAAUAUCCUCAUAAUUGAUUGAUAAUAAUUGUGCUUCUGGUGAUGAAAUAUUCAGUAUUGUAGUUCGCCCAAUGGGCAUUUUCUUUUCUUGUUUUCCUGCCCUUUUUUGUUUUUGAAUGUUGUGUAAUUUUGGGUUUCACCUUCAGCAUAUUCGAAAGGCAUUAAAUUGAGUAGUGUUUGUUUCUAAAUGAAUCCAAUUCAAGAAAUUUCAUUAUUGAA